AUGAAGCAAGUGAAAGCAACUUGUGAAAGCAACUUACAAAGACCUAAUCCUAAUGAAAGUGGUGAAAAAUGCUCACAAAUACCAAUCGCCAAUCAAUCAAUCCCUUCCGUUUCUAAUCCUAAUGCAACUCCACAAACACCAAUCACCAAUCAAUCAAUCCCUUCAGUUUCUAAUGCAGCUCCACAAACACCAUGCUCUAACCAACCUAAUGAUAAUGUUGAAUUGAAAGAUCUUCCAAAGGACCCAACGGAUAGGCCAUUGAUUACAAGUUACAAAUCAAAUAUAAGAGAUGAUGUAAGAAGAGCAUAUUUGCUUCGAGGACCGUGUCAAUGCAUAUUGUUUAUAUUGUUAUUUGUGUGGGGACCUCAUGGGACAAAAGGAGGGAGAGAUGCAUUUGUUUCCCAAGGUUUUGUUACUUGGAAUAAAAAAGAUGCAUUUCAGACUCAUGUGGGUGGUGUGGAUAGUUUUCACAGCAAAGCAAGAGAAAAGUGUGAGUUUUUUAUGAGGGAAAAACAAGCAAUUAAUGUAGUCUUGAAGAGACUUUUAUUGAAAACCGGUUUACCGCUUCAUGGUCAUGACGAAAAUGCUCCUAAAAACAAUCAACAAAUUUCCCCUAAAAUUCAAAAAGAACUUGUGCAAUUUUUUGCACAAGAAGUACUUUUGAGUAUUCGUGAAGAGAUUAGUCAAGAUGUUUUUGCUUUACUAGUUGAUGAAUCUAGUGAUGUUUCAAAAAAGGAACAAAUGGCUAUUGUUUUGCAUUAUGUCGAUAGUCUUGGCUUUGUGAAAGAAAGAUUCAUAGGACCAGUGCACAUGAAGGAUACAUCUUCUUUGACCCUCAAAAACGCCAUAAAUGAAGUACUUACAAGUAAUAAGUUGAGUUUUAGUCAUAUAAGAGGACAAGGUUAUGAUGGGGCUAGCAAUAUGCGAGGGGAAUUCAAUGUUGUGGCUGUAGCAAAGAAGCAUGGUGGUGUUAGUGACUUUUUUGAGCAAAUUUCGUUGGUGGUUAAUGUUGUUUGUGCCUCGUGUAAAAGAAAAGACUUACUACGAGAGCAAGCAAGAGAAAGGGUGCAAAAAGGCUUGUGUAGUGGUGAACUUGAAACCGGAAGAGGGUUAAAUCAAGAGACUACACUUGUUCGAGCGGGAGAAACAAGAUGGGGUUCACAUUUCAACACACUCACAAGUUUGAUGAAUUUGUUUGCGGAUGUUCUUGUAGUUUUAGAUUUUGUGAAAGAGGAGGGAGGGUCAUUGGUAAACCGUCAACAAGAAUCUGGAAUCUUAGCAUAUUUGAAUCAUAUGACUUCAUGUUUUACUUACAUAUGA